UACCAGCCUCGCCGAUCGACCCCCUCCCUCCCAUCCCAUGACAGUCAGUACACUUGUACCGUAUCCAUCAUUGAUCAUGGACAUUACUCGAUAGAUCUUAGCCGAUCCCAGCCGAUCUUGACGCCAGAGCCCUGCACCGCAGCCGGCUGCCCUUUUUAACCAGCGGCUCCGGCCACUCUCUCCCAGGUGAGCGUGAGAGUGGCACGGGCGAGCUGAAUGGCGAUGAGGCGGCGGCUGUGGCGCAUGGGCGGCAGGGUGCUCAACUGCUUCGCCGCGUGCGUGGGCGCCGGGGCCGGCGCCGGCUGCGGCUGCCUUUGCGCGCGGGUGCUGGGGGAUGAGGUGGAGGAGCGGAAGGCCCUGGUGAGCGGGAGCAGCCAGGUGGUGAGGCUCAGCGACCUCAUCGUCGAGCGCACGUCGUCGUCAAGGACGCUGGGCUUCCAUCUGCAGCCCAAGACGGUGGAGCUGAGGGUGUCCAUGCACUGCUACGGCUGCGCCAAGAAAGUUCACAAGCAUAUCUCAAAGAUGGAAGGGGUGACGUGGUUCGAGGUGGAUCUGGAGCACAAGAAGGUGGUGGUGACUGGCGAUGUGACGCCGCUGGAAGUGCUGCAGAGUGUCUCCAAGGUCAAGCUCGCCCAGCUCUGGAUGCCACCCCAACCAUGCUAAUGUACGGGCUGGUCGAUCGCUGUGUGAUAUGCAGCGACAGGAGACCAUUUUCUCCAAUGACCAACCCUCUAUUUCCCUGCCAUCCCUUCUCAUAUUAGCUUGUUCUUUUCUUCAAAACCUAUGUAUUCUCCAAUCACAAAGGAGUAAGCUUCGGCCGCGUGCAUCGUUUUCAGGAUGCAAAGGCCGGGAGUUGACACCAACAUUUGUUGUGAGGAUCGGUAUUUUGUCAAGUAUAUAUAUGUUCCUAGUCAACAAAGGAGAAAUGCGGUCACCGAUAUAACCUUCAACGAAAGAGAAGGUUUGUUAGGCCAUUACGAGUUGACCAGAACAAUAAAUGGCCACUCGCCAGUAACAACUUCGGCGACCUCUGCAUACUUCAA